AUGCUGAAAUACUCUUCACGAUAUGCUUUAAAUAAGCAAACUCUUGGCAUAAUGACACGAAACUAUAAGCGGAUGAAAAGGCAAAAUGAAAUUUCGCUUCAAACUGGAGACAAUGCAAUCAACAAAUUGUCGCACGUUAAGCUUUCCGAUGAACAAUUAAACUUAAAAGAAAGCAUCUUAGCUUUUGCAAGAGAAAAGCUGAAAAACUACAAUGGUACUCCAUCGAUGUAUGUGAUUCAGGGAGAUGCCGGAACAGGAAAAUCUGUAGUCUUAAAUGCUCUGUUCAAUGAUAUUCAGCGGCUGGCGCUUCAUGAUAAGGACGAAAAUGACGUUAUCAAUAGCACAAGAAAUUAUCUGGUUGUCAACCAUCCAGAGAUGCUCAAACUUUAUCACCGAAUCAGUAAGUCUUUUCCCUAUAUUUCGAAGUCGUCCUUGGAAAGACCCACUUCGCUGAUCAACACACUGCAAAAGGAGAAGUCUCAGGCUGAUAUCAUUAUCGUUGACGAAGCUCACUUGUUAUCUACUUCAAAAGAUGCUUUCAAGAGAUUUUAUGGAGAGAAUCACUUGCAAGACUUGAUGGAAUUGGGGAAAGUUUUGGUGGUGGUGUAUGACGAUAAGCAAGCACUGAGAAUGGGCUCCUACUGGGAGGAGGAUGCUGCUGAUGGAUCAUCGCUGUCAUAUUUCUACAACCAAUUACCCAAAGAAAAUAAGAACUGGCAAUUUUUGAAGCAGCAGUUUAGAGUUGUUGCUGAACCCGACAUGCUGGAGUGGAUCGAACAGUUGAGCACCGUUGGCAAAAUUCUGCCUUUUCCUAAAUCUGUCUCCCAAAAACAUUCCAAUUUUGACUUCAGAAUAUGGGAAGAUUGUGGUGCGAUGUUCUCGGAGCUCAAAGCAUUGAAUGAGAAAUAUGGCCAAUGUAGGAUGCUGGCCACCUAUGAUUUCCCAUAUCGCCUUGACGGAAAAGAUUAUUUUGUGACAUGCGGUGACAGUUUUAAGGUAAGAUGGGAUCGUUAUACACCCCGUGAGCAAACUCCCUGGAGUGAGCGAGAAGAUACAAUUGAUGAGGUUGGAAGCGUAUACACUAUUCAGGGUUUCGACCUCAAUUAUGCAGGGGUAAUCCUUGGAAGAAGUGUUGGUUACAACAAGGAAACUGACCGUAUAGAAUUGAAGCCAGAGCUGUAUGAUGACCGUGCUGGUUUCACAAAGAAGAAAAAUAUCAAAAAUCCAGAGAAGGUAAAGCACAAAAUUAUCAUGAACAGCAUAAAUGUCCUGCUCACAAGAGGCGUCAAGGGCUUGUAUAUUUACGCCUAUGAUGCAGAAUUGAGAGAGAGACUCACAAGAUGUUAA